AUGCCCCUCCAGAUACAAUACGAUUUCAAAUCCUUCAAAUCAACUCCCUCACCAAAUGAACCUCUUUUCAAAACUCUACAAUCCGCUCUUUCCCAUUUCCAUCUCUCCAAUACACAAAACAAUCAAUGGCAAUUGUUCCAUUCCACAACCCCUCUGCCCACAGACAUCCCCUUGAGAUUCUUGAACUUGCCUUCAAACACAACUCUCAUUUUAAGGCAAACUCCUUCCAUCCUUCAAGACCAAUUCCAAUUGAUUAAAAUUAAAUUCCAAAUCAAAUUACAAAAUAUCCAAACUUCCGUAGUAUCAAUGGUUAAUCCGGAAAAACCAUUGAAUCAAGUCAUAGAUCAAGUUUGUAAUCAAUUAACUCCACCUUUGAAUCCAAUUAAUGCCACUUUACAAGUUUUUAACAAGAAUUAUGAUUCAAAUCAAUUAAAAGAUUUUUGUUUGACUUCUUUGGGGAUUAAAUCUUCCAUGGUUUUACGAUUAACUCUACAAGUGCAAGAGCAAGAGCAAGUGCAAGCCCCAGUGCAAGCCCCAGUGCAAGCCCCAGUGCAAGCCCCAGCGCAAACCCCAGCGCAAGCCCAAACAAAAUCAUCCCCCCCACCUUUGCAAGUGUUUGUCCCCUCAGAAACUCCACUCUCUUCAGAAAUUCAAGAUAACGAUACAGACUAUCAACUUUCCCUAGAUCAUGCAAUGCUUUAUCGCAACAUGUUAACAAAACAAUCUGGUAUUUCCAAUGGUCCUCUUCUAACGAAAAGAUUACGCGAUUUACAUUCAAAUAAACACACCCCUCCACCCAUUGAAUCAUGUAUUUUACGUAUAAGAUUCCCCGAUCGUACUCAUAUCGAAAUCCAAUUCAACCCAUCAGAUACAAUAGAACUUGUUUAUCAAAAAAUUAACCCUUUACUCUUACCACCACAUCAAACCCAUUUUAAACUUUAUAUUCCUCAUCCUUACAAACAUCUCCCAUCAGAUUCACAAUCAACCCUAAUAAAAGAUUUGAAAUUUAAUAAAAAAACUUUAUUACUAUUACAAUCUUCAUCUCCUUCACCUUAUUUACAAACUGAAUUAAUGGAACAAGCCAAAUUCUUACAAGAAGCUAAUGAUGUAAAAUUGGAUCAUCAACUGAUGGUGACAAAAGAAACUCUUUCAAAUUCGAACCCUUCAAAUUCAAACCCUUCAAAUUCAAACCCUUCAAAUUCAAACCCUUCAACCACCAAAUCUUCAUUGGAACCAGGAAAAGUCCCCAAAUGGUUAAAAUUAUCGAAAAAAUAG